AUGGUGGAUUUCGAAUACGACAUGACGACAUGGAAGGAAGCCAAAGUCUGGAGUGGAGGUCCAGUUGAAGAGUGGGAGGUGCAGGGGAAAGAUGUGAAGAAGCCCGCGGUCUCGAUUCACCCACGUGACAUGAUGGACUACCACGGCCUAAGUAACAUGUGGCCUCGCGAGCUCUUCUCCAGAGCUGUGGCCCUGGGGGAAGACCAGUACCUCGAGGUCAUCAAACUGCAGGAAGAGCUGAAGUUCCAUUUCUACUACACUGGGCUCGACCCACUGGACGGGACAGAUGAUCCGAAGGAAUACUUGUGCUUGGUCGUUUACAGCAAAGCCAACUGGCCUGGCCUGAAAAAAGGCCUGCACCAGAUGGGCAUCGACAUCGAUGCCUCGCCGGAAGAAGCGGUAGACAAGGAUACGGAGGACCUUGCCAUCCAAAUGAUGCUUCGGGCAUCGGAUGCAUGGAUAACUUACUGCGAUCCCUGGAUGAAGCGUGAGUUCACAGAUGAUUCUGCCGUUCUCCAACCUGGCAACGUUUACAGAUUGCGAGAGGACGGGCUGAAAGAGAAACUUGGCCUUUAG